AUGGCCUGGGAAAUCAAGAUUUAUGACAUCGCACAGUAUGAGGUUCCCCUUUUCUUGCGGCAGGACGACACCUUCGGUUGUGUUGAUGAUCUUCCCUUGAAGCAUCUCGCCGUGCAGACAGAGGCCAAAAGCUUCUUAGAUAUCAUCAAAGACGCUCCGCUGGAUAAUGUGGACUUUGGAUUGCUCGAGGAACACAUGAUGCAGAACAAGUAUGAUGACUUGCCUGCUCCCUUUGCUGCCAAAGUGCCGUUACAUAAGUCCUACAAGAUGCAGAUUGCCAUCAUGAAGUCCAGCAUGACGCACUGUGUGGAAUGCCUUCGCAGUCUCAGCACAGGCAAUGUGUACGCCAAGCCGGACCACAAGUUCCCGCUGACCCUCCACGACAUAGCCGGAGGGUUCUUGGACGAGGUGCUCAUCCACAUCUUGGGCGACCUGCGUUCUAAAACAAUUGUGUUCGUCGUGCGCUUGGCAGAAAAAGGCAAAACACCGGUUGCCCAGGCCAUCGCCAUGUGUUUCUCGGAGUAUCUCAUUCUGAAGGAUGUCAUGGAGUCCGAGUAUUCUCCGGGUUUCCGCAUCUGCUCUUCCCUGGACCAACUUCGCGGUGAGUCUGGCCUUAAAUACAGGCCAGAUAUCCUGGAUGACGGUAUUUCGUCUUCCAUCCCGGUGACGAAACUGAAGAGUUUCCUGGACUCGAGCCUCGUCGAGACUCAUACCGUCGAGCGGUGGACUGCAGCCCGCUUUGUCAAGGGCCAGCUGCGUAUAUUGCGUGACAAUAAAUCCGACGAGGAGGCGGAGAAAGGCACGCCCGAGGGCGCCAUGAGUGUGAAGUUCGAGACGUUUAUGGAGAUGACGGCGCCGGCUUUUCCGGAAAAAGCUAGCUCGCAAGACAAAAUGGCUUGCUACAAGCGGGCGCUUUGGAUCGCCAACAUGCCUGGGGCUGUUUAUCUUCGGCCUGCAGGGACUUCGAGGGACGACGCUCGCCGCAUUCCCUACAUAGGCGGCGUGACAGACUUCAUCAGCCCGGAAGGCCACGAGAUCUUGGGUCGCUUGUACGACGGCAUCACAGAGCCGCCUGAGAACUGGGCCACAAAGCGACAGUGGAGCCUGGAUCUGAUGGCUAUGUUGUGUGAGUCAGGAAAGAAGCCCCCCCAACUCAGGUCAUAUGCCGUUCGUCCGGCAGUUCCGAUCGCCGGGAGAUCCAGCGGGAGAUCAAGCCCAAGUUACCAUUUUUUGGUUACCUUUUCUCCUGACUUUGUCCCGAAGACCGAUGCGAACAUCUCCUCUGCCGUUGUCCCGGACAUUGACAACAACAGGUACUCAAGCCCCCAGCCGAACAGAGUCAGUGCCGCAGAAGCUUCUCUUUCACAGCCAAAGCUUGUCCAGGUGAAGCAGGAACUUGAAGAUGUGCCUCGCUUCCCAAUGCUUCUUUCCGCCCCUGACAAGAUUAUCAACCUGGACUCGCCGUCGCUGCCGCCUCACAAACGCCUUCGCUCACAGAACACCCAGGACGUGGCCGAUGAAAUGGAUGUGGAGGACGAGGAUGUCCUUCCUUCUGUUGGUGAGAAGCCGGAUGAGUGA